UCUUAAACGCAGACAAAAUCAAAAGUUAACUAUGACAUAAAUUCAAAGACUUUUAGUUAAUUUGGGCGUGAAAGAAUGAAUAAUGAAUGUGGUAAGUGAUUUCCUCAUUAUAUAUAAACCUUUUUGACCUAACUUUCUCUUCAAAUGAAACCCAGAGAAGGCUCCACACAACAUCUGAGACAUUAACAAGAUCUCAUUCAUUCUCACACAUCUAAAAUUCUGAGCCACUAGUUCUUCACAAACAUGGCAAGGUACCAUGAUCAGUACUACUACUACUUGUGGGAGUAUUUGUCUUUUCCACUCCACCUUGUGUUCUUCGUGUUCAUCCUUUUCUUCGUGCUAGCAUUCUCCUGGUACAUAAACUACGAGUCCUUGUUCGAGGACUUGCUUGUGCAGGUGAAGAUCUUUCUGGCUCUGGUUCCACUGCUGUUGCUGCUGGUGGUUCACUGCCUCUCAAGUGGGGCAUCGUUCCCAAUACCGUUGCCGGAAGAGAGAGAGUCGCUUCACAGAGCUGGAGGGUCUCCAUGGGGAGUGGCACUGUUGCUUCUCUUUGUGUUGUUCAUGAUGGCUUACCAAUCUUCCUUCCACCAACGUUGGUUUCCUUUGGCUACUAGAUGAGGUGAUUACUGUGUGUCACUGUCACAAAACCUUUCUUAUUUUCUGUCAAGAGCCAACUAAACCGGUAAAAGUUAUUGUAACACAGAGAACUUAGUCUGAGAUGGUUUUUCUCAUAUCAGAGAAUAAGUGCAGUGAACUUUGCAGUGGUAUCCAUAGCUAUAGUAGGUUACUUUUGAACGAGUAUAUAGCAAAUUUUGAGCUCUUGAAAAACAAAAUUAAGCAACUUCAUGCAAUGGUUUGUGUGUAAGAUUAACUGGGCUAGGCUAUUUUCUUGUGAUUUAUUUUAGUUCUAGAUGUAUUAUUACUAUAUAUUACUCCAAUUUAGUUGGUUAUUUUUCUUUCU